AUGAACACCACUUUCGAGGUCUUUCAGUUUCGUCAGGCAAAGCAACUCGAGGGCGAAUCUGUCGGCCAAUUCUCGAUAAGGCUUCGACUGCUUGCCCGCAAUUGCGGUUUCGCGAACGCCGACGAGGAAAUCAAGAACCAGAUCAUAUUUGCAACGACAUCUUCACGCCUACGACGAGUAGCCCCAAGGCAAGACCUUAACCUUCCAUCACUUUUGAAUCAGGCUCGACUCCUCGAGGAUGUCAACCGAGCAACGACUGCCAUGGGAGGGUCGUCAACAACCACCACGGUUCAAGCAAUCUCUGGACAGCCUCGCUACGGCCAUGCAGGCACAUCCAGAAAUGCCCAACAACCUCGCUGCUUCUCUUCCCGUCUGAAAUAUGGAGGCAGCGCACAACAACGCACCCACGUCUCGCCUCCCCAGUGUUUCCACUGUGGUGCUCCCUGGCCCCACGAGGGAGGACAAGUAAACUGCCCCGCCAAAUUUGCCUCUUGCAAAGCAUGUGGCAGAAAAGGACACUAUGGCAAGGUGUGCCAAUCAGCACACAAGCCUAUCUUCCAGAUUUCUCAUGAUUCUGACUCCGACGAGAGCGUUUAUGCUGUCGGAACUAUAUCACAAGUAUCGCACCAAAACCUCCCAGAGGUUCAUCUGCAGGUUAACAACACCCCUAUAACAUUUCUUAUUGACACAGGUGCUUCAGUAUCGGUCAUUGGAACCUCUACCCUUAACAAGCUUGGAGCACUCACAAAACUCCAACAAGCAGGCACGCGUAUUUACGCCUAUGGAUCGGAUGCUCCGCUACCAAUCAUAGGAAAGCUCAGUGUCACGCUGAAGUACAGGGACAGCGACACAACAGAAGACGUGUUCGUAAUAGAGGGAACCGUGAAGUCACUGCUGAGCUUCGCUGCUGCAAAUAGACUGGGCCUAAUCCAAAUUACUUACGCCAUCCAAGGACACUCACAAAAAGAUGCACGCUCGAAUGGAGAGGUGCCCCCAAAUUUGCUCGAGACCCCACUCGCUGCUUUUCCCGAGUUGUGUGCGGGUGUAGGCAAACUAAAAAACCUCCAAGUACACCUCCACAUUGACAAAGCCAUUGCCCCGGUUGCUCAGCCCCAUCGCAGAAUCCCUUUUGCAGUGCGAAGCAAAGUAGAAGAGAAGAUAAGCCAGCUCUUGGCCCUUGAUAUCAUCGAAGAAGCAACCGGACCUACUCCAUGGGUUUCACCAGUCGUAAUUGUGCCAAAGCCGCACAAUCCAGAGGACAUUCGCCUAUGCAUCGACAUGAAAUGUGCGAAUAGGGCCAUUCUUCGCGAGAGGCACGUCUGCCCUACCAUCGACGACGUGAUCACAGCGCUGAACGGAUCAACACUCUUCACGAAGCUUGAUCUAAAAGAUGGGUACCACCAACUAGAACUUGAUAAUGAAUCAAGAACAAUCACAACAUUUGCAACACACAACAAAUUGUACCGCUACAAACGACUUAUGUUUGGAAUUAACGCAGCUGCCGAGGUUUUCCAGGAAACCAUCCGUCAAGUACUCAACGGCAUACCUCACGUCCUCAACAUCAGUGAUGAUAUACUUGUGUUUGGCAAGACAAAGGAUGAGCAUGAUCAGGCUCUCCAGGCAACUCUCGAAAGGUUGACAGAGAACGGCCUCACAGUUAAUCCAAAAAAAUGUCUCUUCGCACAGAAAGAACUCUGUUUUUCGGUCACAUUUUCUCUGCUUCUGGAAUCAGAACAGACCCCCAGAAAAUCGCAGCACUAA